UCACAGCCAAAUUAACUUGAGGUGGGCUGGACAUUUGCUGCAGAACUGCCAACUCCGCCAUCGACCGCCCUCUGUCCAUGGUCUCUUCACUAGAGAUUCAUUAUUUAGCAUGUGAGUAACUUUCCUGGAGAGGCAGACCAACCCAGGUACAAACACACUGCGUCUACGCCCUCAGACACACUGACAGCCGGAAAGACUACAAACACACCUCGGAGAAAGUACACACAAAGCGCUGCGGAGACUACAACGAGUUUUAAAGAUGAGUUCUCGAGGGUCAGGGGAUGUGGAGGAAGAAGAGGAGGAGGAGGAGGAGGAAGAAGAGGCAGAGAACAUCAACCCGACAGAGGUGAAGAUGAGUCAGAUCGUGAUGCCUUGUCACAGCAAUCAUCGACAGGAGCUGAGCGUGGGACAACUGCUCAAAUGGAUGGACUCCACUGCUUGCCUCUCGGCUGAGAGACAUGCUCAAAGUCCUUGUGUCACUGCUUCAAUGGAUGACAUACACUUUGGACACACCAUCAGAGUGGGUCAGGUGGUGAACAUCAAAGCCAAGGUCAACAGAGCCUUUAACACCAGUAUGGAGGUGGGCAUCCAGGUGAGCUGUGAGGACCUGUUCCUUGAUCGUCACUGGAGGGUUUGUCACGCCUACGCCACCUUCGUUACCCAGCGCACCAGCACUGGAAAUAAGGUGAUCCUGAAGCCCAUUGUACCACACACUCAGAAAGAGCAAGUUGAACACAGUGUGGCAGCUGAGAGACGGAGGGUCAGGAUGGUGCACGAUGACAUCAUCAAAGCCCUGCUCUCUGAUGCAUCUAUCCAGCAGGCUGACACCUCAGCAGUAGACAAGGCGGUGGCGGCAGAGAGGACUAAGGUGGAGAGUGUUGAGCUGGUUCUACCCCCACAUGCCAACCACCAGGUGAACACAUUUGGAGGACAGAUCAUGGCCUGGAUGGUGAACGUAGCUAUAAUUGCUGCCAGUCGCCUCUGUCAGGCUCAUCCAACUCUUCGGACCAUUGACAUGUUUACGUUCAGAGGACCCUCUCAAGUUGGAGACAGACUUCUGCUGAGAGCUAUUGUCAACAAUGCCUUCAAAAACAGCAUGGAGGUGGGGGUGCGGGCCGAGGCUUACCAGAAGGAUGGGCCUAACCGACAUAUAAACUCUGCUUUCAUGACCUUUGAGGUGCUGGACGACCACGGGAAGCUAUGUAUGUUACCACAGAUACGACCCGAACCACUGGAAGGGGAGAGGAGGUUUCAAGAGGCCAUAGCUAGGAAGAAGAUCAGACUGGACAGAAAGUAUAUCAUUUCCCGCAAGCAGGGUGAGGUCCCUCUGUCUGUGCCUUGGGACCCCAGAAACCAGGUGUACCUAAGCUACAACAAUGUGACAGCUCUGAAGAUGUUGGCAGCUAGAAACAGCUGGUGCCUCAGCUCUGAGAAAGACAAGGUUCGUCUUUACACCCUGGAGCAGAAGUCCAUGUUGAGUUUCAAGGUGGAAUCAGAGGUGGAUGUUCCUGCUCAGAGAGCCUUUGCUCUGCUGGCUGAGCUGAGCAACAGAUCAAGCUGGGACAAACAUUAUCAGAAAUGUGAGUUGAUUCAUCAGGUGGACGAUGAUGACUUCUUGUAUUAUGUGGUAACUCCAUCGGUGGGUCAUGGCGCUGUAGGCUCUCCGACUUCAGCCAGUCAGGGAGAGGGAAUUCUCCAGGACUUCAUCCUCUUGGCUUCCAGGAGGAAGCCGUGUGGCAGUGGAGAUCCAUACGUCAUUGCUCUACGCUCAGUGUCCCUGCCCACUCACCCCCCCACAGAGGGAUAUAACAGAGGAGAGGUUCUGUGUGCUGGAUUUACCAUACUGGAGACCAAAAAUGACACAUCAUUGAUCAGUUACUAUAACCAGGCGUCUGCAGAGGUUGUUCCCUACAUCUCAACAGAUAUUGCUGGCCUCUCCUCCUCCUUCUACCACACCUUCUGCUCCUGCAGCCAGUAUCUCAGCAAGAACAGGCUGCAGUGCACUUCUGAGGAGCAAACUGACCAAUACCAGGCCACAGAUAGAGACAGCCCCACCUGUGAGAAUGGAGCGGCACUCAUUGGCACCCAGUUGUAGACAGUCUGUUGUGCUUUCCACACCAGCCUACAUCACAGAGUGUAGAGCGAGAUCACUGCUGUUUAUACAGCAAGGUACAGUUAAUACCGUCACAGGAGUUACACAGUCAACAAUGGAUGAUACUUGCAUUAAAAAGUUUUAAAACUUUUUUUGAAGGCAUUAGAGUAGGUCAGCAGAACAGAUGGGUUAGAAAAGAUAACACUGAAGUGAGUAAAGAACAACUGUGACUUGGAGAUUUAAUGCUCACUCUAAUACACAAGAAGCAGAUGUUAGACCCCAUUCCAUAAAAAAGUCUUAUUCAACAUUACGUAUUCUAUUUGGACAUAAAUGAAUCAGUGUGGUCUGUGUCACCCUGUGUCUCUCUUAAGUCUGGUACACCUAAGGUGAAUGCUCAUGUAAUUGUAAAUCUAACAAAGCCUGGGGUUUUUGGGUGGUGCAGGGUUUAUUUACAGUAGAAAGAAGUGGUGAGAGGAUUGCACCCAUUUGCUAACAGCAAUCAGCACAACUGAAUGGUUUUCACAGGACUUGAACGGUUUCAACAACAUUUCUUUGCUCUGUGUGCUUCUGGUCAGAAUCCAGUGGUAAACUACAUAACAUGACACUUUAUCUUCGAGUCACUUUGUUAGUAACAUAUUACCUUGUAAAAUUUGCAGUGGUAAAAACUGAUAACAGAGAACAAACGUAGACUGGAGAACUUGUUUUGAAUGUCUGCACUCAAAAGUCUGUUUUAUUUCAUAAUGUCGUCUACAAUAGUGAGACAGUAGAUUCAAAAGGAGACAUCCAUGAAACAUGAUCAUGCAAUAAUAUUUCAUUGAGUUUUAUUUCACAAAUUGAUUUAUUUACAUAUGUCAUCCAAUUUAUUGUGUUUAACUUGUUGGCUCCAUAGGAUCCCUGUAUGUUAACUCAGUCCUGGGAAGUAUAGUCAUGAAAAUCAGCUUAGGCACUCUGCUCUGUCAUGUAUAACCUUACAUUGAUAGAUCUGUUGUGAGCCCAUAUCGGUUGAUAACAGUCCUCCAAUAUAUUGGUCAGGCUGUGAUUAGUUGCAACAUUCUGAAUGUUGUACUGUAAAAAUUAACUGUGUGCAAUGACGCUGCAGUGCAGGUGGCACUGAUGUAGAUAAUUGU